UUCCCGCGGUUCGCGAGGCCUGCUGCCGGUUGGUUGCUGGGCGUCGCGCGCAGGAGAGGGAGGGGGCGCCGCCGCGGAGGGGCUUGGAGGCGCCCAAAAUGGCGCCCACGAGGCCCCCGAGGAAGGCGGAGCCGGAGCCCGCGGCCACAGCCAGGCCUUUGUUUGCUGAAACCGACUUCAUUGCCUUAUGUGAUGUUUUUCAAGUAUCAGAUAACGUGAGAAUAACUGCAUGGGAAGCCUUUGAAAAAAUGCCUGUGAAUGGAAUUGCAGAGGGCCAUCGUAAAGUAUUAUGGGGGAUCUGCAUUUUUAUAGCAGCAGUUGACUUGGAUGAGAUGACAUUUACAUUUACAGAUCUUCUCAAGUGUUUAAAUAUUAGUGUGUGCAAAUUUGUAUACUUGAUUAAAGAAAUAGAUGUCAAUAUGGACACCGUUAGUACUAAAGUGGAUAGUGCUGUAUCUCGCCUCAAGAAAAAAUACGAUGUGCUCUUAGCACUAUACCAGAAGUUUGAAAGGACUUGUGAACUCAUCUAUAUUGACCAGCCUAAUGAUCAAACCUGUGCAGAACUAAAUUCUCCAUUAAUUCUAAAACUAUGCUGGAUCAUGUUUCUUUUGGCAAAAGGAAAAAUACUGCAGAUGGAAGAGGACUUGGUUAUCUCCUUCCAGUUACUACUGUGCACGCUUGACUAUUUUAUUAAACUGUUGCCCCCUGCAAUCCUCAAGGAACCUUACAAAUCCUUGAGUGCAGGUUGUAGUAAUAGUUCAAUUCGAACUGGCAGGCGGAGUCAGAAUCGGAACACACGAGCGUCAAAACCAGAUACGGAUACAAUAAAGGUCAUUGAAGAACUUUGUAAAACACAUGAUUGUAAUUUGGAUGAGGUGAAAAAUGUGUAUUUUACUAGUUUCAUUCCAUUCCUCAAUUCCAUGGGUAUUACAGCUUUCGGCAAACUUCCAGAGGUUGAGAAUUUGUCAAGCAUGUAUGAAGAAAUGUAUCUGAAAAACAAGGAUAUCGAUGCCAGGUUAUUUCUGGAGAAAGAUGGGAUUUUACAAUAUGAACACACUGAAUGUUUACAGUUGGAGAGGACACCAAUGAAAAACUCAGGUGAAGAUCUUCUUAUUGUACUUCCACAGACUCCAGUACGGACUGCAAUGAACACCAUUCAGCAGCUAGUGAUGAUUUUAAACUCUGCAAGUGAUAAACCAUCAGACAAUCUUAUCUCAUAUUUUAAUAACUGCACAGUAAAUCCUACACAUGAUGUAGUGGAAAGAAUAGAAAAUCUGGGUCGUGUCUUCAAAGAAAAGUUUGCUGAAGCAGUUGGACAAAGAUGUGCUGAAAUUGGAUCACAGAGAUACAGGCUUGGAGUACGGCUAUACUACAGAGUGAUGGAAUCCAUCUUAAAGUCGGAAGAAAAAAGGCUAUCAAUUCAUAAUUUUAGCAAACUUUUGAAUAACAACAUCUUUCAUGCAUCUCUGCUGGCCUGUUCCCUUGAGGUUGUUUUGGCUACUUAUGGCACUUCUACAAAUGCUUCACAAGGUGAUAGCGUGAAUAUGGAAACCAACUUGUCUUUCCCAUGGAUCAUCAAUAUACUUGGCUUAAAAGCCUUUGACUUGUACAAAGUUAUUGAGAGCUUCAUUAAGGCUGAGCCAAGCUUGACAAGAGAGAUGAUCAAACACCUAGAAUGCUGUGAACACCAAAUUAUGGAAUCCCUUGCGUGGCAAUCAGAUUCGCCAUUAUUUGAACUUAUAAAACAGUCAAAGGAACGGGAUGGACAACCCGAUGAGCCUGAACCACCCAGCUAUAUCACUCAGCCCCUUCAGCAUAAUCACACUGCUGCUGAUCUGUAUCUAUCCCCUACAAAAUCUCCUAAAAGAAAAGCUUUUUCCAAUUCAGUGUGUUCCCCUCCAGAUUCUCAGCCACCCAUGGUAAAUCAGUCUCAAAAACUGUACAAAUCUACCUCCCUGUCACUGUUCUACAAAAAAGUGUAUUGGUUGGCUUAUAAACGAUUGAGCAAUUUAUGUUCCCGUCUUCUUUCUGAGCACCCUGAACUCAAACACUUGAUAUGGACCCUUUUCCACCAUACCUUGCAAAAUGAAUAUGAACUUAUGAAAGACAGGCACUUAGACCAGAUUAUGAUGUGUUCCAUGUAUGGCAUAUGCAAGGUGAAGAACAUUGAUCUCAGGUUUAAAACAAUUGUGAAGGCGUACAAAGAACUCACUAAUGCUAAUCAAGAGACUUUCAAGUGUGUUUUGAUUAGGGAAGGACAGUAUGAUUCCAUUAUAGUCUUUUACAAUUUGGUGUUCAUGCAAAGACUGAAAACCAAUAUUUUGCAAUAUGCUUCCAGUAGGCCGCCAACAUUAUCGCCCAUACCACACAUUCCUAAGAGCCCUUACAAGUUAUCUAAUUCUCCUUUACGGGUUUCUGCGGGAAACAAUAUAUAUAUCUCACCUUUGAAGAGCUCCUAUAAAUUUUCUGAAGGAUUGCUGUCACCCACCAAAAUGACGCCAAGAACAAGAAUAUUGGUUUCAAUUGGUGAAUCCUUUGGGACGUCAGAAAAGCUGCAGAAGAUAAACCAGAUGGUGUGUAACAGUGAUCGUCCUCUUAAACAUGGUGCUGAAGGAAGCACAGCUCCCAAACCUUUGAAAAGGCUGCGCUUUGAUAUAGAAGGACAGGAUGAAGCUGAUGGGAGGGAUCAUGUCUCUGGAGAGUCUAAAUUCCAACAGAAGUUGGCAGAAAUGACAUCUACUCGAACCAGAAUGCAAAAUCAGAAUGACGGAGCUGAUGCUUCAACUGCUGAACAGAAGUGACCUUCCAUUUGGAUUCAUUCGUGUUCUCAGUAUUUUAAUAUUAUGUGAUGCAGCUUUUAUGUAAUAUUAGCAAGUUAAUUUAUACAAUAAUUUUUAAAGAAGUAAAUGUAUUUGUUUCCUUCCCAGUGCAGCACUGUUCCUUUUGAUACUGUUUUAUUCUACUUACACUUAUCUCUCUUGUCUAAAGCAGACAUUUUAAGUUUAAGUAGAAUUAGUUUAAAUGCACUAGUGUUUUGUUAAGAAAUGACAUUAACAUUAAUAUUAGACUUGAUGCACUAUUUACUUACACUUUGCAUGUGGCGCCCCGCUCCCCUCCUCCCUCCCAAAGCACAACUGCACAGAUGAUCUAACUUGAGCCCAACUCGCUGUCCUGUCAUGCUACUGAAAUAUUUCUUAAACAUUCUUAAUAUGUCGUUUCUCUCUAUUAAAGCAUACACACACCGUUUUUUCCCCUUGCUUGAAUUUCAGCAGUAUGCUUUCUGAGCAGAAUAGCUGAGGUACAAACAGUCGGUAUGACUUUUAUUCUGUCCGUAUCAUGAACAAGGAAAGACACUAAAUGCCAGAGCUGUCUAAGUGUGUUGAUUUUGUGCAAAUAAGUAGACUGCUGUGGAAAAGAAAGCCCAGAAUUUUAAUAGUUUGCGACUUUGGCUAGAUAAACUUUACCGAUCUCAUUAUAACUGUGUAUUCAGGCAAACUGAUGAUGAUCCAGUAUUGUUCAAUAUGGAAAUAUAGCUCUGUUUAUUAUUCCAAUAUGGAAUAAAUAUUCCUCCUUUAAGGAUCAAUAAAAUAUUUUCAAAAAU